AUGGAGUACGCCGACGCCUUGCUGCGCCUGAGCGACGCGGAGCGGGAGGAGCUCGAUCUUCUCCUCGCCGCCCUGAGGGUCAGCGAGUACACGGACGACGUGGACGACAUACGGCGCCCCAGCAGCCGCGAGGAGCGCAUGUACGGCGCCAUGCGGGAGUUCUUCGGCACCGCGCUGGGCCUGGCCAUCGCGGCCGGCAGCGUCCCGCGCGGGGUGCGGGAGGAGCUCGCCGGCGGCCACAAGGGCGUGUGGCUGACGCUCAGGGUGUUAGUGGGCCUGUUUGAGAUCUUCCGCCGCCACAAGCGCCUCAACCCGUUUAGCAACCGCAGCGAGUUUGGGAAGCUCACGAUGCUGCUGCAGGAUGCCCAGAAGCGGGCGGUGCAGGAGCGGCUGCAGACCUCCAAAAGCCUGGUGGCGCCGCUGCAGACGGUCGGGGCGGAGCUGCGCAGGGUGGGCGCCGAGGCGUUGCUGGCGGGGGGGGACGUGGCGGAGUACCUGCGGGCGCAGGGGGCGGAGAAGGCGGCGCUGCUGCAGCGGAUGUUAGAACUCCACGGCGGGGGCGGGGGCGGGCCGGCGGUGGAGCGCUGCCUGCGCUCCAUCGACGACGUCGUGCACUUCAUCGAGGAGAAUGUGCGGCCGCUGCGCUGGCUGCGGCGCAUCCUCGACGAGGAGUUCCUCCCGCACCCCACGGACCCCGAGCGCAACCUCGCCAUCCACGCCGGCCUCCACGGCGCCCGCCUCUCGCACGACCACGUGCGCCACUGCCAGUACGUCGCGGAGUCGCUCACGCUGUGGGAAAACGUGCAGCGGCACAUCUUUGAGUUUUGGCAGGUCGCCGAGGACGACAUGCUCCUCGACGGCGGCGGCCACUACAACUUCGUCAACACCGGGCAGGGGCACCACCGCCUGUGCGGGGCGAAGAAGAGCUUCGCCCGCAUGGCCCGCGCCGUCGCGGAGGCGGAGCGGGCGGAGGGGGGCUGGGUGGGGAUAAAAGUCAUCCACCUCGGCGACCGCGACGUGCCGAACCCGCUCGUCUUCAUCGACAAGUACACCGUCGUCCCCCGCAUCGUGCAGCCCAUCAUGCACACCGUGCUGGAGCUGGAAAGCAUCUUCGCCCCCGGCAGCCCGGAGACGUACCCGGGGCUGCGCAACCUGCUGCGGGCCAAGUUCCACUCCUACCCCGCGCUGCGCACGAUGAUCCUCGCCGACUUCUUUCGCCACGCCUUUGACGGCUCCGGCGACGACGGCGGGAACUGCAUCGACGGCCGGCUGACCUCCGCCUGGAACUGGUGCCACCAGCUCGAGAAGAAGCCGUACUACGACGCCUUUGUGCUGACGGAGUUCAAGGGGUUUGACUAA